AUGGCCUCCAACGGUACAAACGGCACCAACGGCGCCACGGCGCAAUCUAAGUUCGACCCCAACUUCACAGACCAUGUCAUCGGCCUCAUGAGCCCCGAGACCGACCCUCGCCAGCGUGUUAUCCUCUCUUCUCUCAUUCGUCACAUGCACGACUUCUGCAGAGAGGUCGAGCUCACUCAGGACGAGUGGAUCAUCGGUGUCAACUACAUCAACUCUCUUGGCCAGGCCUACAAGAAGAACCGCAACGAGACAUGGCGCGUCUGCGACAUUCUCGGAAUUGAGUCCCUCGUCGACGAGAUCAACCACAAGGUCGUCACCGAUGGCGGCAAGGCCCCUACAUCCUCCAGCAUUCUCGGUCCCUUCUGGUCUCCCGAGACCCCCUUCCGCGACAACGGCGCCAGCGUCGUCCAAGACAUGCCCAAGGACGGCCAACUCACAUUCUUCCACGGCGUCAUCCGCGACGUUGAUACCGGAAAGGGAAUCCCCAACGCCGUUUUCGACAUGUGGCAGGCUAGCACCAACGGCAAAUACGACGCCCACGACCCCGAGAACCAAUCGCGCCACAACCUUCGCGGCAAGUUCCGCACCGACGCUGACGGAAAGUUCUGGUUCUACUGCCUCAAGCCCACAGAGUACGCCAUCGACACAUCUGGUCCCUCCGCCGAGCUCCUCAAGAUCAUGGGCCGUCAUCCUUACCGCCCUGCUCACAUUCACAUCAUGGUCACCCACGAUGAUUACCUCGGUGUCACUGCUCAGCUGUACCCCAACGACGAUCCUUAUCUCGAGACCGACACUGCUUGUGCUGUCAAGGACGAUCUCCUCCUUGAUUUCAAGCCUGUCAAGGAUGAGCCCAAGGGUGCUGUUCUUGAUGUCGAGUACAAUGUCAACCUUGCCUCCAAGAAGUACAAGCCUGAUAACACCAUGUUGAUGCAGAACGCCAACCAAGACAAGUUCUAA